GAUUACAAAUACAAGGAGAUGCCAUUUCUGGAGCAGAUCCGCGUCUCACACAACUCUGAUAUCUUCAUUGGGAUGCAUGGAGCCGGACUGACCCACCUCCUCUUUCUUCCCGACUGGGCCGUCAUAUUUGAAUUGUACAACUGUCAAGAUGAGAGCUGCUACCGUGAUCUGGCCCGACUGAGGGGAGUCCAUUACAUGACUUGGCAGAAAAGGGACAAAGUGUUCCCCCAGGAUAAGGGCAUCAUCCUACUCUUAGGGAACAUCCUAAGUUUACAAACUACACUUUUGAUGUAGAGGAGUUCAUGCGGUUAGUCCUUCUAGCGGCUGAACAUGUGAACCGGCACCCGGCAUGGCACGCAAAACAGGCCCGAGAUGAAUUGUAGCCUGUAAGACACAGUGCUCUCUUGCUAGGCGAUAGAUGAACACACUCCUACCAACUCGCUGCACUCUGUAAAUGUA